CCCAUGGCCCCCGCCGCCGUCUGGACCGCGCUGGCCGUCGGAUUGCAGCUUUGGGCCACGGGGCACGCCGUGCCCGCCCAGGUCACCUGGACACCCUAUGCCAUAGAACCUGGGGGCGUGUGCCGGCCGAGGGAAUACCACCACAGUGCAGUCCAGAUGUGCUGUGCCAUGUGCCCGCCUGGCCAACAUGUGAAGCACUUCUGCACCAAGACCUCAGACACAGUGUGCACAGACUGUGAGGACGGCACCUACACCCAACUCUGGAACUCGCUGUUCACGUGCCUGGGUUGCGGCUCCCGCUGUGGCCCUGACCAGGUGAAGAUCCAAGGCUGCACGAGACAGCAAAACCGCGUGUGCGUGUGCAAGCCAGGCAUGUACUGUGCUCUGGCGACGUCGGCAUCAGACAGCUGCCGACAGUGCAUGAGGCUGAGAAAGUGUGGUCCUGGCUUCGGAGCAACUGAAACAAGAGCUGCAAAUGGAAAUGUGGUGUGCAGACCCUGUGCCCCUGGGACGUUCUCCAAUACCACGUCAUCCACGGAUGCCUGCAGGCCCCACCGCUCCUGUAGCAUCGUGGCCAUUCCCGGCAAUGCAAGCGUGGACGCAGUCUGUGCGUCUGAGUCCCUCACCCUGAGGGCCACCCAAGCGACAGCUGACGGAUCCCAGCCACAGCCAGUGUCCGAGAGAUCCCAGCCCCUGGAGGUGACUUCAGGGAAUAGCGCAGCUCCAAACAUCUCCAUCCUCCCUGAGGACCCUGUCCCCAGAGGAAGCAUCGCAGGUGUCUCUCGUCCAAUUGGAGUGAUUGCGGGGGUGACAACCCUGAGUCUGCUGCUGAUAGGAGUGGUGAACUGCAUCAUCCUGGCCCAUAAGAGAGAGAAGCCCUUCUGCCUACAAAGAGAAGCCAAGGUGCCUCACUUGCCCGCUGAGAAGUCCGGGGACGCGCCGGGCCUGGAGCAGCAGCACCUGCUGACCACAGCGCCCAGCUCCAGCAGCAGCUCCUUGGAGAGUUCGGCCAGCGCCACGGGCAGGAGGGCACCUCCCAGGAGCCAGCCUCAGACCCCGGCCGCGGAGGAGGAAGAGGCCAGAGGGUCCUGGGCUGGUGGCUCUAGGAGCUCAGAUUCCUCCCCCGGCCACCAGGGGCCCUACGUGAACGUGACGUGCAUUGUAAGUGUGUGCAGCAGCUCUGACCACAGCUCGCAGUGUGCCUCCCAAGCCAGUGCCACAGUGGGGAACGCGCACACCAACCCCUCAGGCUGCCCGAGCGACGAGCAGGUCCCCUUCUCCCAGGAGGAGUGCCCCUCCCAGUCUCACCUGGAGAUCCCAGAGACUCUGCCGCAGAGCCACGAGGAGAAGGCCCUGCCCCUUGGCGUGCCCGAUGCUGGCAUGAAGCCGAGUUAACCAAGCUGGUGUGGCCACGUCACAGGCGAAGUAGGCUGACCCCUAGCAGAGCAACCCUGCACUGGGGUCCCGAGUCCUUCUAGGUCCCCCCCUCCCAGAACUUUGCGACUGUUUCUGGGCCGAGUUCCACAGCACCGGCCUCCCUGUGGUUGCGGGCUGGGCAAGGCUCGAGGCAGUAGCCGUGGUGGAAACUUCUACUGCUAUGUGUCCCGUCUUGAGAAGGCCAGCUGGGCAUUGCCCUGUGGAGCGGCCAGAAUGGCUCCUCACCCCCCUGCGACCCACGAGCCUAGCUUUUGGAGCCCAUGCUGGUGCAUUUUCUGGCAUGAUUCCCCCGAGGCCCCUAGCGUCUUCCUCUUCUGAGGGGCCUGCUGGGGAGGAGUCAUGCCUAGAGUGAGGACAGUGCUGCCUUCAGCCUGAAUGCUGAGACCACAGGCUGGUCCAAGAGGCUAGGGAAAGCUGGCAGCCCAGUAAGGGGCUGGGUUCCUUCAGGGCCAGGGCUCAGUGAUGCAGGCGGUGGGGGCAGCCUAGUGAUAAAGUGUGUGCUUAGUUAGUAUGCUCUGGGUUCGAUCCCCAGCACCACACACAAAAAGUUAAGUGCCCUGCAGUGAACAGACUGCACAACCGGCCUUCAUGUGUGAUUUGUAACCUGCCUUUGACCUUCACUCCAGCAUAUUCAGAAAGGACUCCAGUUUCUCCUCCUGGCUAUCUGCAGAGCCACCCCAAAGCCAUGCCUUCUUUCUAUCAGGGAAUUUCAGGGACUGGAGACUUUCCAGGCCCCUGCAGGUGUCCGUCUUUUCCUACCUCAGCUUGGACCACCCUUCAGCCUGCUGAGGGGUGCGCUCCCUUUUCCCAUAACUCCCUUUGUCCCCAGGGGGCUGGGGAGCCACAUGGUACUGUAUUCAUUGCAAUCUUGAGUGGCUGUGAGAAGCUUAUAGCCAGGUGUGUGUGUGUGUGUGUGUGUGUGGUGUUGUGAGUAUGCACAUUAGAUAUGUGAUGAAUUGGGUGGCCAGCCCUGAGGCAGCUGAAGCCAGCUAUUCUGCAUAUAGAUUAUCUCAUUUAGAGACAUCAACCUGCUUCCCUAACAUACCCAGUUUUGGAACAAAGCGGUUCUGGGGGACUUCUUGAAAGGUCUCAAUUACUUGGAUCCCACAUUGAUAAAUUCAAUUGGACUUGGAGGGUAGAAGAGCUCAGCCAUUACCACGGAGACACGAAGGGCUUUGUGCCCUGGAAUGGAGAUGUUGGCCUGCCAGGACUGUCCAGGUCGGCUAGCAUGGGGAUCCUGCGAGGUGAUGGAACAUGUCUGCCCCCUGGUGGCCCAUCCUUGGCCCCGAAGAGCAGAGCCAGGAAUUGAAAAGACGCUUCUGGGUGUGGCCUCGGUUCCCUUGCUGUGUUGAUCUCAAGACUUUGGAGAGUUUGCACUGUAUGCUGGGUAGCAUUCCUGCUCAUAAAUACAUCCUGUUUGUUUAA